UUGGAUUUUGGUGGCAGUAAUUGUCAACGGUUUUGACAGAGAUGGUUUUGUCCAACUUGUCUUUGCGUCGCCGUUUAAAACCCGUUUCGAAGACAACUAAAGUGCCAUCCCAUCAUUUUCCCACUUUCCUCCUGAAGAUAGAGAAAAACGAAAACCUCAACUUGAACACCAAGAAACACAACAACAAAUACAACUUGGGAGGGACAAUUCAUCUAUACAUACAUACAAGAUUAUGAAGCUGGUUUGGUCUCCAGAAAUUGCCUUGAAGGCUUACACAGACACCGUGAUAUCAUGUGGAGACAUGGAAGGAUCCAGUGUAGCAGAGUUCAUUUCAGCCAUGGCGGCAGGGUGGAACGCCCGGCUGGUGGUGGAAACAUGGACACGUGGCGGUGCCAUCGCCUCCAGCAUUGGGCUCGCCAUUGCCACGCGCCACUCAGGGGGGAGGCACGUCUGCGUAGUCCCUGAUGAGGACUCAAGGUCAGCCUAUAUCGAGGCCAUGAGAAAUUCCGGCCAGGCGGCAGAUGUGGUGGUGGGCCGGCCGGAGGAGGCGGUGGAAGGGCUCGAAGGGAUUGACUUCCUGCUCGUGGACUGCUCGAGGAACAACUUUGCAAGCAUACUCAGGGUAGCAAAGUUGGGACACAGAGGAGCUGUUCUGAUCUGCAAGAAUGCCAGCUCUGGCGCCACUGUCGGUUUCCGGUGGCGGAACGUGCUCGACCAGGGCUUGAGGAUCGUACGGUCGGAGUUCCUGCCGGUGGGGAAGGGGCUGGACAUGGCUUAUAUUGGUGCCAAAGGGGGUGGCUCCGGUAAGAAGGGUCAGAGUAGGUGGAUCAAAACUGUCGAUAGCCAUACAGGAGAAGAAUUUGUCAUCAGGAAGUAAUUGGAGUUCGAUUGUUUUAAGGUUUAGGGCUGGCUGUACAUAAGUUUUAAGGAUGG